GUGAGUAUUUGAUGUUGUCAAGUCAAGUAAUAAGUCCGCAAAUCUUACUAUUUACAAAUACAAGUAAAAUAUCAUGGCUUUUUUUUUUUUUAAUAUUCAGUCUGUUACUUGUUAUUAGUUCUAAAAAUAUGUAUCACAAUUCACGCAUUAAAAUACUUAUUUUACUACUAAUAUUAUGGAGUAAUAAAAAUCAAAAAGAAUAUUAGUUCUUUAGGUAUUUGAUACAAUACAUACUUAUUUCAAAUUAGGCAUAUACACACAUUAAACUAAAUUACUUUGAACAAAUUAAAUAGAGUAACAAAUAUAUAAACAAUAAAAGUAUUUAUUCCACGUUUAAUUGUACUUGUUAGUUUUGGUACAUUUAAUUUUAAAAUUUUAAACUUAAAUAAAUAAGUAUCAAGUAUUACUAAGUAACUUGCAAGUAUUUGAAAUAAAUUAGGUUAGUGCUUGAAGUACUUGAUCGGAUCAAGUACAAGCCAAAAAUUUUAAUAUUUGUGCAAGGUAAAUCAAGUAGCGGAUAGGGUAAAGAACAAGUACCUGGCUUACGUCCAUGCCUAGUUGUGGUUAGACACUAAUCAAAUAUCUGAAUUUUUAUAGGUAUUUGUGAUCCGAUGUAUUUUUUUUGAAUAAUCAGUUACCAAAUCCAAUUCGAUCUGCAUCAUCUUGAUAUUUAGUGUCCCUGAAACAUUUAUAUUUUAUUGGAUAUCUGAUUUGAUCCGUACAAAUAAAACAAAAAUAAAAAUUAAAUAAUAACUCCAAAAUAAUAUAAACCAUAAUAUGUUUUUUCAAAAAUAAAAGUUAUUUACCUUUUAAAAAUUCUAAUAAUUAAAGUAAUCAAUUUCAUAAAUAAAAUAUUGUAAAACUCUCAUAAGAUAUGGUAAUUUUAUAAUUUAUAUAUAUAAUUAUUUAAAUAUAUGUAUAUAUGCAUAUAACGGAUCAGAUUAGAUAUUUGUUCCUCAAAAUAUUAGUUAUUGUAAUUCGCUUUGCUUUUUACGUUGCAUAUUAAUAUUUGUUUUGUUUUGUAAAGUUAGGGAUAUCUUUUUUUUUGGUUUGAAACGGAUAAAGAAUCGAAUGAAAGUUUAGCCUUAAUCGGUAUAGCCUAAAAGAAGAAACCUUAUAAGAAUAAAGAACCUAUCAAAUUAUCAAUAAUUCAAAUAAGUUAUUAUAUUUUUGUCAAUCAAUAACAUACUCAAUUAAUCUUCUAAACUAAAUUGUCUAUAAAAACGAUAUGGGACCGUUGACUCGAGUAUUCGUGUGCAAAAUUAUUCGGUCCAUGCAUGUAUUCAAUUAAAUUAGUUUUAAACAUUUUUUGUGAACUAUUUAUAUGUUUAAACCAAAUUUUGAUUGGUUGAAAGGUUAUAAUGAAGAUUCAUAAGCAUUAUUUUAGUAUCAAAUCAACGACAAGUGAUACAUAGAAGUUCUAGUAUUGUUUUCAAGUCUUUUUUUUUUUGUCAACAUUGUUUCCAAGUCUUAAACGACAAGAAACAAGUUACAUGGAGAUUUUCAUUGCGUUUAGUGUGCGAGUGUUUUCCACCUAUAAGAGUAGAAAGAAACUACUGGUAAGUUCUAAGUAAAUACAUUAAUAAUAUUGACAAGAUACCUGAAUAAUAGCAAACAAUAUAAGCAAAAUUGUUAUUCAAAUAAGGAUCCAUCUUUGAAUAAAGAAAAUAAUAGUUUAGAGGAAAAACAUUAGAAAAUAGUGAGUCUUUUCUGGCGUCCAGUUGGCAUCUUGUAAUUUGACCAUUUGAUGUUUGAAAAGUCAAAGUUGCUGGCUCAGUAUAGCAUCACCACGUCCAAAUAACAAAACAAACACAUCAGAAAAAAGUUCAGAUAAUGCAGAUCCAAAACAUAUGUUUCAUUGCUCUAUUCAUAGCUUUCUUCAGCACUGAAACCAUUUCCGCCAUCAAAUUCAACUUCAACCAUUUCGAGGGAACAAACCUAAUCUUCAUCGGUUACGCUGAGCUAGGACCAGCAACCGAUGGCAUGAGCCGGUCAGGUGCUCUCUCCAUGACCCGUGACAAUAUUCCAUUCUCACAUGGCCAAGGACUCUACACAGACCCCAUCCCAUUUAAACCCUCCAACAACACUUCUUCUUCUGUUUACUCUUUCAAAACAUCAUUCACUUUCUCCAUCACUCCUCGCAAGUCAAACCCUAACCCUGGUCAUGGCCUCGCAUUCAUCGUGGUCCCAACCGUAAACUACGACCAAGACUCAACCCGUGGCUUCCUCGGUCUAGUUAACAAGACAACCAAUGGCAAUCCCAAUAACCAUCUUUUUGCCGUUGAGUUUGAUGUUUUUCAAGAUAAACGUUUUGGCGAUAUUAAUGAUAAUCAUGUUGGUGUUAACGUUAACUCGGUUAACUCGAUGGUUUCUGAGAAAGCUGGUUACUGGAUUCAGACAAGAACUGGAGGAAAGAAACAGUGGUUGUUUAAGGAAGUGAAGCUAAGUAGUGGAGAGAAGUACAAGGCUUGGAUCGAGUAUAAGAAUAAUAAGGUUAGUGUUACGCUCGCUCCUGCGCAUUUGAAGAAACCGAAGAUGCCAAUGAUUGAAACACAUGUUGAUCUUUCUGAGGUUGUUCUUGAGACAAUGUACACCGGUUUUGCUGGUUCGAUGGGCCGUGGCAUCGAGCGUCACGACAUUUGGAGUUGGAGUUUCGAGAACACCGCCAAAAACAUUUGAUUCGGUUUAUUUGGUUUGCUUUAUUUCUUUUUCUUUUAAUGUAAUCUUUGGUUACCAGUUUAAUGAUUAUAUUCUAUUCACCCUGAUUUUUUCCAAAUUAAUUAAUUUUUUUUUACCAAAAUUAAUUUUUUAACUUUACCAAAAUAUGUUUUUAUAUUUUCUAGUACAACGUUAUAUUUAGUAUAAGAUAUUCAAAAUUGGAAAAUCUCAGAGAUAUAACUAAAAAGUUUUAUCACAACAAUAUUACAAGAAUUUUUUUUUUUCCAAAGAACAUUCACCAACGUUUAAAAGACUAAACUAUUGU